AUCAAUCACGAGAUGCAACCUUCUACCUUCUGACGACAACUAAUAUAAUUCCGUUCAUGGCCUCAAAUGACAAAGAUCAGAAUGUGUCUAUUACGUUAGGCUUGACGGAGGCGGAGACGGCCCUGCUAGAUUUGGCAGCUGACGAUCGCCGAGAAGUCUUGUCGCUUUCUAGCAAGGAGGAGCUACUAUUGCAGCUUUACGACCAGAUUCAGGAACUGGAGCUUGAACGCGCCAUUUUAGAGCAAGAUCCAGAGGAAACUGGCACCGAAGAUGCGGAGGAGCAACUCUCAGUCGCAGAGCGCGAACUGCUAGAAGCGCGCGCGACUUUUACAGUGCGAAGGAAAGCCACUGAAUCAAUACUCAUCACGGAUCCAGUUCUGAAAGCAGUGCAUAUGAAGGCAGCAACCCCUGCAGAAAGAGCCCUUCUUCCGCUGACCAACCGCCGAGACGUACUUUCCCUCGUUUAUGAGAAUCUAGCCAACGCGCGAACCGCUACAGUUGAAGCACUGUCAAAUGCAGAGGUUGAGAAUCUACGUUUAAUGGAACAGAAUAAAGGACUGGCCUCUGAGCUUUUGGAGCUGACCGCCCAAGAGACAUCGUGGCGCGAUCGAGUCGAUGACGAAGCUUUGAUAGCCCGAAUGGAGGAGAUUGAACAAGAAUACAAAAAGACCCGAGCCCAGCGCGACACUAUCAAGAGUGUCUUAAGCGCAUUGGUAGUAGGAAGCGGAGUUGACUGGGCUCGCGAUGACCGACUGCGCGAUUCGGUGCUUGAGGAGCUUGACUGAUACUUCAACACAUUUGAUGAGCUCUUUUACUCAAUCAUCGUUUUGUUUGAGGACCACCUUAUAUCAGAGCCCUACGAGGCUGAUUGUUUACUUGACGAUGGCUCUUAUCCAAUCAUGUUUGACGAUAGUGGGUACAUUAUCUGAUUGGUUCAGAUGCUGCUCUGCAAAAGUGACAUGCAUUAAUAAUUUAAAA